AGAAAAGCUGCCCUAUUUGCCGAGGCUGGAGCGUGAGAAGCUCCCCUCCGCUUGUCUCCUCCCCCUGCUGCUGCGGCGGCGGCUGCCUCGAGUAUGCUUCCCCUACCCCGCCGACCUCUCCAACAGCCGCCGCCUCCGGAGCCGCCGCGCCGGACGCAGCCCGUCCAAUCUGCGGCCCGCGCUGGAGAAGGAGGAGGCGCCUCGUGACUUGGGAAGCUUUGCAGGGCUGUCCGGGAUAGCGAGGGAAGGGCACCGAGUAGGGAGCGAGGGUGGUCCGGUCAAUUAAUUCCUCAGACACGCCCCAUCCCCUCCCCCUCCCUUGCCUCGAGAAAUAUCCCUUAAAAAAAAAAACCAACCAACAAACAAAUGCAAAGCUGCUUUUUGGGAUGCUUUAACCCCCUCCUCCCAUUCCCGGAUUUGAACGGUUAGGGAGAGAAAAAUCAGUCCAGAUUUUUUUUCCUUUUGAGAAAGAUAUGUGGGAGAUAAUGAGCUCAAGAUCCGACUCUGAAUGAGAAACUGCCUUCAUGUGGAAAUCUACUGCACUGGAGCAAAGCACUAAUUAAAGAGCCUGGAUUUUAAGUACUCAUUUCUCUGAUGCCUUGAACAUCGCCCCCCCCCCUUCUUCUACGUCUCUCUUUCGGGUUGUGCUCCUUCCUGAAGUUCAGAGGUAGGAUUUCUGAGUUUUGACAUAUCUUUGGAAAGGGAAUUUAGAGAAGAAUCUUGGAAAUAUUUUGGAAGUCAUAACAGUUCAACAAUAUCUGAAGAUCAACCCCCUCAUUUCUGGUUUGGAAUUAAAGUUUUGUUUUGUUUUUUUGUUUUUUUAAAGACGUUUAAUCUUUUAGAGGACUCUGGGAGGUUUGAUUCUGAAUUUUUUCCUUUAAGGAAACUUGACAGAAAAGCGUAGUUCUUAUUCAAAUGUAUUUCAGUACAGAUGAAGGAACGUUUCUGCAAAUAAAUUUCAUAAUAAAUAUUACAUGUGGGAUACAGUGUUGGCUGCAUUUUAAAUCCGGUUUCCAUCGUGGAUCACCAACUAAGGAGGAAACGCUGGGAAUACAGAAAUACCUUUGAGACCCCGAGGACUCCCACACUCCUCAACCAAUGGAACCGCAUAGAAUAAGACAACUGGAUUAAAUAUAAACCCUGGCACUUGUUAUUACUGGCUGCUUUCUGAGUGGGUGGGGGACAUUUCAUUUGCUCUUAUUUUUUUUUUCUUGUUCUCUCUACUCAUUGUUAUCAAUGAUGGCUCAUCCUGGGAUAAGAGGUUACGAUAACAGGGAGAUAGUGCUGAGGUACAUCCAUUACAAACUGUCACAGAAAGGAUAUGACUGGGUUGCCAGUGGAGACCAAGAAAACGUUCCUUCUCCUGCUGCUGCUGCUCCUGCUGUUGCUGGUGGUGGGACCUUCCCUGCCCUUGCAGGGCUGGUGUCUCUGCCUUCUGAGCUACCUGGCCCUGCUGCUCUUAGUACCGCAGCCCCUGGGGAUGAGUCGCACCCUGUGCCGCUGGUGGUCCACUCAACGUUACGACAAGCCGGAGAUGAGUUUGCGCGGCGUUAUCGCCGGGACUUUGCUCAGAUGUCUGACCAGCUGCACCUGACUCCGUUCACUGCCAGGAGCCGUUUUGUGGCUGUUGUGGAAGAGCUGUUCCGAGACGGGGUCAACUGGGGAAGGAUUGUGGCAUUCUUUGAAUUUGGUGGCAUGCUGUGUGUGGAGAGCGUCAGUCGGGAGAUGUCACCCCUGGUAGACAAUAUUGCUUUGUGGAUGACCGAGUACCUGAAUAGGCACCUGCACAACUGGAUCCAAGACAAUGGAGGCUGGGAUGCCUUUGUAGAGCUGUACAGCAACAACAUGAGGACCUUGUUUGAUUUCUCCUGGCUGCCUCUGAAGACAAUUCUGAGUCUGGCUGUUGUGGGUGCCUGUAUCACCCUUGGCGCUUAUCUAGGGCAUAAGUGAUUUCUACCAACCUGCAAUCAGUGUGAUGGAAAGUCUGUUUAAAGGAACUGAAAAGAGGAGGGGGAAGAAGAAAAUAAUAUAUGGCGUGGUUUUCCCCUGUAGCACAAUGCUGUUAUUUUAUGAGCCAAGUAUUCUCUCUAAUAUAAAAUCAGCUAUUACUGCCAAAGGGAAUAUUCAUUUAUUUUUUACAUUUCAGGAGAAAAAUUAUUUAUUAAAGAUAUUUUACAUUUAACCCACUAUUUUCCUGAAAUUCUGCAAAAUAUAAACAAAUAUACCAGAACAUUGUUGUAAUGACAUUUGAAGGAGACUCCAAAGAUCUUCGGCAUUCUAACAGUGUAUCAUUGGACAGACUAUUUUAUCAAAGUGGACUCCAGAACAGACUUAGCAACAUACGUGCUUUAUCUUUGCAAAAGGCUGCUUUUUGUAGUACGGUUUUGCAGGUAGGUUUUUCAACCCAGCCCAUGAAAGGCGUAACCUAAAGUGCAACAUGGGUGAUAAUCUGAACAAUUUCCAGCCAGUGCCACCUUUGAAAUAUUGUUUUUCAACAUGGUACCUCUCCACUGUGAAAAGAUAAUAUGACAUUCAGGCCAGUAACAGCCCAUGAAGCUUCGUAUUGCAUCCCACCCCACCCCCCACACUUUCCAAAGCGUUUGGAAGGCUUCCUGAGAGGAUGACAGCUAGCAAUGCAACUUCACAUAAUCUAUGCAGUGUCUUGUCACAUGGCACACUGUGCCAUUCCACACCCACACUUGGCUCUCAUUGGGAAGGACCUACAGUACCACUGUUUGCCCAAGCAACGGUUUCAACGCCUGGUAUGGAAUCCUUGGGAAUUGCAAGAAACAGUCCCAUCAGCUUCUUCAUAAAUAGUAACAUUUUUAUUCCACGCAACUGUCAGGAAACCGUAAGUGCCUGUAUCUGCUUCACAGAACUGCAGCCUCAAACCCCUGACCUCCUGUUCUACUCAUUGCUUUCUGUACUGGAUUUCUUUUUCUUUUCUUUUAUUUUUUAAUGGGGGAGUGUGGGAGGGGUUGAAAUCAGUUUCCUUGGGUUGCUUAAUAAUAUCUCAAAGUCAGAAGGAAGCUCAAGAUUCAUUUGGCACGGAGGAGCAAUCAGCUGAUGGAGAUUAGCUCUGAGUUACUUUCUGCAAUGGAAUGGACGCCAACAUUAAAUUAUCCCACCCUAAUUGAAGCUUUAUUCCCUUCAGAAGGAUUGCAUCCCUGGUUGUUUCAUGAGGCCAUCUUCAAAAGGAAAGAGAAUAAAGAAGCCUUCCAGUGCCUCCAUCUGCAGAGCCUCACAGACAUCCAGCUGCUGGAGGUGCCUAUUGUCUUUUGUAUGGAAUCCUGGAAGGGAAGCUGAGUGGGGAGGGGGGGUCUUAUUUAAAAUCACUCGGAAAGGGAUGAAUGCAGCAUAUUUAAUAAGACAGCUUUCUCUUUUUAAAAAAAAAGAAUAUAUUGCUUUGUUCUUUGAUUCCAAGUAUAUAGGUUGGGACAGAUUGGUGAAAGGAGGAGCUGGCCCCAGAGGUCAGGGUUGUAGCUCAUGCGAGUGCAUGCAUGCAUGCAUGCGUGCGUGCGUGCACACACACAUACAGUGCAACUUCUGCCCCAGUGCAGAUCACCAGAGUUCUCUAGCCCUGUUGCUCCUCGUUCUUCCUGCACUUUCCUCUCCCCCACUCCGAAGUGUGCAGGCAGGCAGGAAGAAGGGCAAGGAGUAGGCUGCUGGACCUCUCUUUCUGGGCUGCAGUGAAGGCUGGCCUUGGAGGGAAAGAGCAAGGGAAUUGGGGUAGUGGCAACCAUGGCAAGGAUGUUGGGCCAUUGAGAGCAUCUUUCCCAGGGAAUCUAUGGGUGAUGGUCCCAAGAAGUGCAAGUCGAUCUUUCAUCGCUACGGUUCUUGGAGAACUAGAUAAAUAUGCUUUUGAUAACAGUUGUCUGAGGUGGACUCAGAUCCUAAAGCAAACAGAAUUGAUGAGACGGGAUGGUCCCUUUUGAUCAUGUAUUCAAAGGCAUCCAUCACUCUUAACAAAGAUGACACUAGAUGGGAUUCCUUCCAAUGGACCGUUAUGCCUAGUUAAUAAGAACCAUAAUGGCAUGUUGGUAUCAGUUGGAUACAUUCAUGGCCAGGGCUGAAAAAAAUCAAGAACUCUGUGUGCACAGCUGAUGGCUUUGCACAUGCUCAGGGCUUUGCCAUUUUUUGUUUCCGGCAGCUGCCCUUUGUAUUAUGUAGGCCUGUGCACUUGAGGCUUCCCCCCCAGCCCCCGUGAUUAGUUUUCGGGAAGUGUUGGGGUGGAGGCUGCAGGGCAGAGCCAGGAAAAUCCCAGCACAUGUAAUGAUGCCAACUCACAGUUUGUAUAUUGGAUCUCAGCCAGCGGGUAUAGGAGCAAUGUGAGUGCUAUUAAUGCACAGGCUUAGUGAAUUUCUGGAAGGAAUACCAUCCAAAAGGAACAAAUUCAGAAUUAUAUGUGGUGGACAUGUUUGAUUUCUGAAUUUCCUCCUUGUUCUUUUUUGUAAGUGUUUUCUCACGAAUGGGUUUUUAAUUUCCAAAAUUGUAAAGAAAUAGAAUUUAUGAAUUAACAUUCAUUUGUUGAUUUAAGAAAAAAGUAUAGCUGAAGUACAGCCAUAACAAACAUGCUUAAGAUGAUGUUAACAACAAGAACAAAACCCUAAAAGAAAAUGUAUAGGCUCAACUGCUCUAACUGAAAUAUUUUAAUUUUGUGACAUUACAAGCAAGCAAAAGCUCUAGAGAAUGUAAUUAUUUCAAUAGCUAUGGCUAUAAUUCAUAUCAUAUCUUCAAAGCUGCUUUUAUAAAUGGGCAAAAAUCCACAAGGUAGCUAUUCUUGCUUUCAUCCCCUUCAUUUCAGUGGAUCGUAUGCAGAAGAAUUUCCUAGUGGAUUGUGUUUAAUGCAUCUCGCCAAUUGUCGUAGCUGCUCUACCAUUAUGUCACUUGCAUCCAGAAUUUCAAGACCAACCGUGAAGCAACGUUCUCACAUUUCAUACUAGAAAUAAAUGUAUCAAGGCAGAUAUUUGAACUUCAUUGUACAGAUGCUGGGCAAUGUAUAUUUGCUAAAGCUAAAAUAUUUAUUAUUACGCCUUACACUGUACAUCUAUAUAAGGGACAAUUUGAAGGAAGCUGAGUGUAACCUAUGGCCUACGUAGCCCAUAGUCAGUGGAAUUUAAACAAGCCUAACAGCUGAUAGAUUUUCCAAAGAGUAAACACAUAUGGGAAGACAGUGAAAAGUCUUGUGGCGCCUUUCAGACUAACUACUUUAAUUUGGCUGAAGCUUUUGUGGUACUUGUAACCUAAUUCAUCACAGCCAAGAUGUACGCAAAGAAGUGGGUUACAGUUCCCUUGACAUUUGUCCCAACCUGAACUUGUUGGUCUGAACGUUGCUGCAAGGCUUUGCCUUGUUUUGCUGCACCAGAUUAACACAAGGAGCCCUUUGGAUAUGUAUGGGAAACAAUACGUUUUAUAACUGACCACGCAUGCCAUGAACUCAUGUAAACCUUGUGGGCCUGUAUAAGACAUACACCAAAGGGUAGGCUUUUCCAUUGCACAAAGAGCAACCUGUACAUUAGAAAAAGUACAGCAUUCAGUUAUUGGCAUCUGUGUUGCCUGCCAGCAGCUUUACCAGGGGCUGGUUCACACACGCAUACCUAGCGCUUCAUUUUCAUUCUCUCUUGGUUACUUAGUACUUAAUAGCAUUCACAGCUCAGUCCAGUGUUGAGUUAGACAUAUGCAAUUGGAUCUGUUUUUGAUUACACUUCCUAGAAUUCCAUAACAUGUUUUUUUUAAAGAAGAAAGAAAGAAAUUUGGCUUCUGCCUUACCUAACUGUAUAGUGGUGGUUCUUAACCUUGGGUUAUUCAGGUGUUUUUGGACUUCAACUCCCAG